CUCAGUUUUAUAACAUAAAAUAGCAGAUGCCUUAGGGGAGUCCCAUUGUUACCUUUACUAACUUCAUCCAUUAAAUGUGUCAUAUUCACCUAUGGCGGGAGCUCCUGUGAAGAUAAAUACUUUGCUUCGGCUCAAUAGCCUUGGCUUCAAGGAUGGUUGUUUUCGCUUUGGGGCACUUACUCUUGGUGGCGAUAGGUUUGUGUGUAUACGGGAGUCUGAUGAGUCAUCUCAUUCCGUUUCUAUCAUAGACUUAUACAAUGGUAAUGAGGUAUCUCGCAGGCCUAUAAAGGCCGAAUCCACUAUUAUGAACCCUCACAAGCCCAUUAUCGCACUUAAGGCAUCGAUUCAAAAUGGACACUUUAUCCAGGUUUUCCAUCUAGAGACCAAGGAGAAGAUAGGGACACACCAAUUCACAGAAUCGGUAGUAUUUUGGAAUUGGAUUUCUCCUACAAAACUUGGUAUCGUUACGGAUAAUUCAGUUUACCACUGGAAUAUCGGUUCGGAAGAACCAGUGUUAAUUUUCAAUCGUUCAGGAAAGCUAGCUGAACCUUCUACAAAACUUGUCGAUUAUGCAUCUGAUGCUGAAAACAAAUGGUGUAUAUUAACUGGUGUAUACUCUACUGAUCAAGGAGCUACUGUAGAAGGUGCAAUUCAAUUGUACUCAACAGAGCGAAGGCAACAGCAGCUACUGGAAGGGUACGCUGGAACGUUUGGAAAGCUGCGCAUUUCUACUGAAUCACCAGAUGCUACGGGACUUUUGGUAUUUUGCGAGCACAAACGCGGUGGACAAACGUCGAAGCUCCACUGCAUGGAUGUUUACAGCCAAAGAACUGAGGGGUCUCCGGUGCCGCUGAAGGUGUCCAAGGACAUUGAAGGAUUGCAUUCAAAUACUGGCGAUUUCCCUAGAUUCGUCCACAUAUUAGAUUCAUGUGGGUUUGUUUGCAUAAUAACUAAAUGCGGCUUCGCUUAUUAUCAUGAUGUGGCAACUGCAACACCACUUUACAGUUGUAAGAUAAGCGAUUCACCAAUUUUUGCUGCCGCAGCCAAGUAUGUAGACGGUAAGGUAGCUGGUAGCAUAGCGGUGAAUCAAUCCGGGGAUAUUAUUGAGAUACUCAUAGAUGAAAAUCGCAUUCUUUCAACUCUAAAAUGUCCUGAAGAAGUACGUAUAAGUCUUGCUACGCGUUUUGGUUAUCCUGGUUCUGAGAGUUUGAUGAUGCGUUCUUUUGAGGAGUACUUCUCGAGAAGGGAGUACAAACAAGCAGCGUUAUUGGUUGCCACCCUUAAGAAUGGCGCAUUACGAACUAAUGAAACUAUGGAGCGUUUUUUGAAUGCUCCAGUAUUGGCCGGGGAAACAUCACCCGCUUUACAUUAUUUCUCGGUAAUGUUGGAGCAUGGGAAGCUAACAUAUCAGGAAUCGCUUGGUCUUGUACGCCGUGUAGUUGCACAGGGACGUAAGGAACUUGUGAAAAAGUGGCUAGACGAAGGAAAGCUAACAGAGUCAGAGGAAUUAGGUGACUUACUACGUACUAUGGAUCCGUUGUUAGCUUUUAAGAUGUUUGUUUCCCUAUGUUGUCAUAUGAAGGCCAUUUUGUGUCUUUUGGAUGCAGGCCAUGCUACUAAAGUGGUUCCGUACAUACGUAAAAUUGCGUCGUCGAAUGUCACACAUACAACGGGCUCCACAGGGGAUAAGGUAGCUCAAGUUGAUGGAUUGCCUUCAAUGAAUGUUGUUGUUGAACAUAUGUUGUCAACUCAACCUACCGAUAUAAUAUCGUUUAUUAACGAUUUGAUAUCAGGUUUAGGGCCUGACGAGCCCUUAUGCGAUGUUGGGAGCGUCGCUGAGAUCCUUAUUAAGCACAACAAACUUCAAGAAUUAACCAAGAUCUUACUUGAAUACUUGAAACCCAACCGCGUUGAGCACGCUGCGCUACAAACACGUCUGUUAGAGGUGAAUCUCCAGCAGCAACCCCGUGUAGCUGAUAUGAUACUACAAUUGAACGUGCUAACCCAUUUUGACCGAGCGUAUAUUGCUCGCCUUUGUGAAGAUGCGGGAAUGUUUGAUAUGGCUAUACAACACUAUAACUCAUUUUUUGACGUUAAACGUCUCAUAAUUAAGGCUGGUGGUAAUAUGAAUCGCGCUGUUCUUGAGAAGAGUAUGAAGAAUAUGUCUCCGGAAAAUGCUCUGGAGGUUUUACGCGAGAUGUUAGAUUCUGCAGAAAUAAGCAACGAUCAUGUUGUAUCUUGUGCUUUGACAAUGCAUAAUCACAUUGGAACUAUGCAGGUGGUCCAAUUGUUCGAGAGAUCAGCAUCGUCCGAUGUUCUAUUCUCAUUCCUAAGGGCGUUGCCGGUGAUAUCACAGGGAUCUGCCGCCGAGAGCACCGAGCAAAAUGCAACCAUUGUAUAUACAUUCAUUAAAUGUUGUAUUGAUCGCAACGAGAUGGAGGAUUUGGAACGUAUUUGCAAAGAGUCAAAUGUUUAUGAUGGCGUGCGUGUCAAGGAUUUACUGAAGCAAUCGGCUCUUCCAAAUCCAAAGAGCUUACUCAUAGUUUGUCACAAGCUAGGCGAAUUGGCAGAGCUCACAGAAUAUCUAUACCGCAAUGGUAUGGAAAAGGCUAUAGAGGUUUAUGUAAACACAAUAAACCCUGGAGGUGUAGCUACUGUUGUGUCAACCUUGUUUGAUUUAUCGGCAUCGGAGCACGUGAUACAUUCAAUUUUGGAGAACCUUCACGAUCCAAACGGUAUGAAAGCUUUGAUUCAGAUAGCUGAUGAACGUCAUCAGCUUCUUAUGCUUCGUGAUUGGUUAGAAAAACGUGUAGAGGAAGGUCACAAAGAAACGGAGAUCCAUACUGCAUUAGCUAAGAUUCGAGUAUCAUCGCAAAAGGAUGCGGAGCAGUUUCUUUCCACAAAUAAGAUUUACGACCGAUCCAUUAUUGGACGUUUUUGUGAGGAUAGAGACCCUAUGCUAGCAUAUUUGGUAUAUUCCGAGGCACAGCUUGACAGCGAUGUAUUGCGGCUAUGCAUAGGCAAUGGGUUUUAUAAAAUGCUGGCUGCAUAUGCUUUGAAACGAUCAUCACCUAGUUUAUGGCAUGAUAUAUUUUCUGAGACCUCUGGUUUGGAUGACGAUAACAGAAAACACGUUUGCGAAGAGUUGGUCAUUUUGGCGCCUGACUCUUCCAAUGCAUCUGAAAUUUCAUGUGCGCUGAAGGCUCUGUUAGAUGCUGGUAUGAACGAAGAAGUCAUUGCACUCUUGGAGCAGCUUUUACUCAAACAGACCCAGUUUUCAUCAAGCAGCAAUUUGCAAAAUUUGCUUUUAGCUACAGCUGUUAAAACGAAUCCCUCAAAGUUAGAGGAGUAUCUCUCAAAACUGGACAACUACGAUGUUGCGGCAUUAUCUAAAUUAUCUGACAGCUUGGGUCAAUCACGAAGUUCGUUUGCAAUUUUAAAGAGUGCUGGUCGUUCUCUGGAUGCUUUAGAAGCUUUGCUAAGCACUACGGACGCCGACGUAUUGGAAGAAGCUCAUGAAUAUGUACAGUCUCUAGACAAGUCUGAGUUAUGGUUCCGCCUGGGUCGGGCAUAUUUGGGAGAGAAGAAGGUGGCGCAGGCUAUUGAUGCUUACGUUCGCAGUGGUGACUUGAGUGACCACCAACGCAUCAAACAUGCGUGUUCCAACGAGCCAGAGCUGUUCCUACAAUGGCUGAGCAAUGGGAGAGCACUGAAGAAAAGCCGUGACCUCGAUACGGAUUACUUGUUAUGUCUGGCUGACAGGGGUGACAUUGACAAAUUCAAGGAAGUUCUUAACGGCCAGCAUUCAGCAGAUGUGGGAUAUGUAGGCAGCAAGUUGAUGGAAUCGCGCAAGUACCGUGAAGCUGUACUCAUUUAUUCUUCUAUACCAAAUUUUGCCAAGCUAGCUCUGUGCCAUCUACAUUUAGGCGAGUUCUACCAAGCAGCAGAUGCUGCUCUCAACUCCCGUAACCCGCAGGUUCUCAGACAGGUGGUCGAGGAGUGUGUUGGUAAGAAUCAAUUAGGAACCGCUCACAAGGUGGCUAUCGAAUUAUUAACGUACCCUGAUUUCUUGCCUGGUAUUGUCACACUGUACGAAACUACUGGAAAUACAAACGAAUUGAUCAAGCUAUUGGAAAAAUCAGCUCCUUCCGUUGCAGUAUCAACUGAGUUGGCAAUUGCCAUUGCAAAAUACAAGCCCGAGGAGUUAAUGAAUCAUUUCAAGACUAAUUUUACGACUGAAGAACUUCUCGUUUGUAUAAAUACGGCACGCGUUGCACGUGAAUGUUGUAACCUUUGGUUGUGGCAGGAAGCUGUUUACCUCUACAGUUUGGACACACCUGAUACCGCUUUAAUUUCCAUGAUUGCGCACUACGGUCUGGCGUGGGAUGAAAAACUAUUUUUUGAAACUGCGGCAACAGCUAACAAUCCGGAAGCUUUAUAUAAGGCAAUUCAUUUCUGUAUACAAUGCAAACCCCUUUUACUAUCAAGGUUGCUGGCUUGUGCUAAAGGGCGAGUUGAUGCUGUUCGCGUGGUUAAGAUUUUGAGGAAUGCUGGAUGUCUCGGAUUAGCACGUAAUUACCUGGAACAAGUCGCUGAUAAAACAUCCGGAGCAGUGAACGAUGCACUGUUUGAAAUAUACGUGGAGGAGGAAGAGUGUGAACUUUUGGAGCGAAGUUUAGAAAAACUUACUACUUUUGACCAAGCAAAGUUAUGUGCAAUGCUGCAGGAGCAUCGUCUUCCGAAGAUGAGGAGCAUCGCAGCUCAGUUGUACAUUCAGUCUCGUGACUUUGGCAAGGCUGCAGUCAUUUAUCGUAGAAAUGGCGAUUAUGUUGAUGCUAUAAUGGGUGUUCAGACAUCUCGUAGCGAAUCUCUUGCGAUGGAUAUGGUUCGUUAUUUCGUCGAUCAGGGAUUACUCGAAGAAUUUUUAGUUUGUUUGAUUGUAAACUAUUCUUUACUCGAUCCAGCAGAUGUCUUAGAGUAUGCCUGGCUGCACAAAGUUGAUAUGGACAUUCUUGUUCCUUUCUUGUCUCAUACUAUACGUACCGUAUCUAAGGCUGUGUCUAGGCCUGCUGCAGUUCAGCGUCCACCACCUCCUCCGCAGCUAUCUUUGCCUUUUCAUUGACACCGCAUAAUCGUGUUAUAAUAUAUUACAUUUACGCUACUUAGUUGUGAUAUUCAUAGGUAUAAUACCCUAUUGCAAC